CAGUAAUUUCUUCACAUUAAAUUGAGAGAAAAAAUUUGUUUGUGUUGGUAUCGAAAAACUCGAACGGUUUUCAGUACAGAUUAGGAUAUGACCAAGUCGUGAACAAAAGAAAUAUAUUAACGAUUUUCAUAAAAUUCGUACGACUUUUUAGACAGAAUAAAUAAUUAAAACGAAAUAAAAAUAUUACUGAGGUUACGAAUAAACAAUUUAAAAUAAUAAAUAAUUAAUUUAAACGUGGAAAAAAGAAUAAAUAAGUGAAUAAAUACAUUACAAAAAUACAAGAAUAUAAUUUUGAAAAAUAACCAUUGUGAUUGAUGGUAUCUUUUGCUAAUAUUAAUAAAUGAAACGAUGGAUCAGAUAAAUGAUUUUUAACGAUAAAUAAAUAAAACGACUGAUUACUUAUUGAAUAAUCCACUAUCCCAUUCUGUAUUGAAAAUACAUUGCUCUAAAAUGAAUAAUUUAAUUAAACAAUAAAAAAAGAAUUAAAAGCAUUGAUUGCUAGUAUUACUUUAAUUUUAAAAAUAAAUAUACAUAUUAUUAGAAUAAAGGUACUUAAAAAUAUCAAAAUAAAUCAAUAUUAUGCAUCUAUCAAUGAAUAAUAAUAGUUGAUAAUCAAUUUCCAUGCCCUUAAACAAAAUUAUAUUUUUUUAUUCAAAUCAUUGACUAUGUACCAAGCUAUUAUUCCAUCCCCUAUAAUGAUGCAGGUUGUUGGUAGUCAACAAACAAAUGGACAAUGUCCUGUACAAACUCGUCCCCAUCCUUCUCCUAAUCCUAGUAAUGAUCCCCAUCAAAUUGAUCGUAGAAUCUCGUCGUAUUCUACUAACGGCAAUUAUUCAAAUAAACAUCGAUUAACUCAGCACAACACGCGUCCUAUAGAGUUAUAUCCAAUGAUGCGAGUGGAUAAUACACGAGCUCGUAAGUCGUAUGGAGGUGGUAAUUGGAAUCGACGAAACACUAAUAACAGUCAACAUAUGCCAUCACCAAACAAUUACCAUUCACGACUCCACAACAACAAUAAUCGUUAUGGCACCAACAAUAAUCAUGACAAUUAUCGCAAUACCAACAGCAACAAUAAUCCAAAUAAUAGUUAUAAAAAUAAUAAUAAUAAUAAUAAUAUUAAUAAUAGCAAUAUUAAUAAUAAUGAAAAUAAUACUAGCAAUAAUAAUAGUAUCAAUAAUGUUAGCAUCAACAAUGAUAGCAGCAGUAACAAAAAUAAUAGCAACAGCAACAAUAAUGACUCUAGUAAUUAUAGUGGAUCCACAAAAAAACAAAACUGGAAUAACAGAUCAAACAGACGAAACACACUUAAAGAUCACUUGCCACUACAUAAAGAAAAUAGGAAUAAUUAUAAUUGUGAUAGUGGAUUUAGUUCACGAUCUCCUACACCUAAUAAACAUCAGUCUGAUCAUGCUGAGAGUUCAGAUGAUCGAGAGUCAAUUGGUUCUAAUGCUAGGCCAAAUAUCAAGAAAUUUCAAGACAUCUGGCCAAAUCCAAUGUCAACAAUGGGAUACACACCUUCAAGACAUUUACCAAAUAUCCCAAAUAUUAGUCAGUUUCCUAAUCAACAGAUAUUUGGUUUUUAUCCAACAGCUUCGAAUUAUCCUAUGCGGAUACAAAUUCAUCAAAACUUUCCAGGGAAGAAAAGGGUCCAAACAAAUAAAAAUAGCCCAGCAACACAAAAAAAUCAAAAAAAGAGGAGAAAUAUGAACAUAUUUGUCCCAACUUUUGCCAAUGUACUUCCAACUUCUCAUCUACCGCCAGAUCGUUAUCUUGCAAGAUCACAUUUAAUUGAAGUUAAGGAGGUACCUAAAAAUCUAUUUGGGUCAAAAAAAUGGGAUAAUUUAUCAAAAGAAAUAUGGGAAAUGUUUAUGGAAAAUCAACAAAAUGAACAAACGUUCAAAAAGAAGAUAACAUUAUGGAAAUAUUUGUUCAUUUUUAUAAAGACUAUGUUUCCAAAGUUUAGUUUAUUCUUAGUUGGAUCAACAAUGAAUGGAUUUGGUACUAAUAGCAGUGAUGCAGAUAUUUGUUUGUUAACUAGAAAUGCAGAAAUAAUUCAACGAGCUGAAGCUAUUAUUCAUUUAGAUGCUCUCAUGCAUUACCUAGGACACUGUGAUUUCAUCCAAGACUUGCAAUUAAUUCAAGCAAAAGUACCAAUAUUGAAAUUUAAAGAUGCCAUUCAGAAGCUUGAUAUUGAUCUGAAUUGUAAUAAUGCUGUGGGCGUACGUAACACACAUAUGCUCUACUGUUAUUCUCGAAUUGAUUGGCGAGUGAGACCGUUGGUGUUGAUUGUCAAACUAUGGGCUCAAAGUCAAAAUAUAAAUGAUGCCAAGAAUAUGACAAUCUCCAGCUAUUCCUUAGCCUUAAUGGUAAUUCAUUUUUUACAAUGUGGUGUAGAUCCUCCUGUUUUACCAUGUCUCCAAACAAUGUUUGAAUCUAAAUUUAAUCCAAAUUCUGAUGUACACACAAUCAAUAUUCAUGAAGACCUUGAAAUUAAAAUGGAAAAAAUAAAUGAACAACCACUUGGAGAAUUAUUAUUAGAAUUCUUCAAAUAUUAUGCACACUUUAAAUAUGAUAGAUAUGCGAUAUCAGUUCGUCUGGCAAGAAGAGUCUUAAUUUCAGAUUGUCAACAAGCAAGAACAUUAAAAAAUAAUCCUCAUCAAUGGAAAUUUCUUUGCAUUGAAGAACCAUUUGACUUGACAAAUACCGCAAGAUCAGUGUACGACUAUCACGUAUUCUUAAGAAUAAAAGCUGUGUUUUUUCGUUCAUAUGAAACAUUGAAAAAAACUAAUAAUUUAGCUAGCAUUUUUGUUAAUCAAGUACCACCUGUGAAUGAGUAUUUUAGAGCAAUGACUUCAAACUGAUUGAAGUUCAUGGAAUGUUGAUAAUUCUAUUAUUUCCUCAAUUCGGUUAAUUGUUGUAGGAAUUUAUUUAUUGAGGAUAUCUAAACAAGGAGAAAUUUUUGAUCUCCUAUUUUAGAGUCUUUUGUACGUGUCAUAUAUAUGCGAAUCAAUGUGAUUUUGAUAAUCGCGAUUAAACCUAAUAAGGCUCUGCUAAUAUUUAUACAAGAUGAAUGGCUACUUUUCGAUGAUUUGAUAAAAUAUAUCAGGAAUAGGAAUUCCUUUAUUUGUUCGUACUAUAAGAAAGAAAAAGCAAGAGCUGGAUAAGAAAAACAAUAUCAAAUGAUGAGUUUGGAUCGAUUUUUCAUCGAUCAGCAAUUUAACAGCCAAGAAAGAUAGGCUAUAAUCGAAUGCAGUAUUUAUUGCUGAAGUGAACGAUUUAUAAAGUCAAGUUCAGUUUAAAAAAGAAUGUCUCAAUUAUUGAGAAAAUAUAUUUAUAUUUUUGUACUUUUCGGAAACAUUUAACAUCUAGUUUCAAACAGAAUCAACAUAGUGCCUUGAUAUUCUAAAUAUUUCAAAUCAAAUUAUUCAUAAGAAUAAAUUCAUAAUUUCAUUAUUCAAAAAACUCAUUUUAUAACAAUAUAAGUAGAAAAAAAAACUAAAAAAAAAUUAUAAAAAUGAAAAAAUUUUAAAAUGAUUAAGAACGAGAAUUUAAAGUACUAUUGUUUCAUCUUUUUGACAUC